AGUUUGUACACGUAUCCGGAUAACUUUCGGGCCUAUAAAAUCCUCAUCGCCGCUGAGUACAGUGGAGCAAAAAUUUCUCUACCACCUUUCAAGUUUGGAGAGACCAACCAGACUGCUGAAUUUUUGAAGAAAUUUCCUCUGGGAAAGGUAUUCAUAAUAUUUUUAUUCACAACAAAAGAGUAGUAUUUUUUCCAAAGAUAUUUCAUAGUGUAUAUUUAUUUUGUAAUUUUUGUACAAGCCCAGAGUAUUUUUGUACAGACCCCGUCGAGGCCCAGAGGGGAGGCGAGAAGAGAUACUCUGUCAUAAGGUUCAAACCCCUUGGAUCUUAGGCCAUCCCCUUUUUUUUCUUCGUUUACCGUCGAAUGCGUUUCCUGAUAUUGGGUCAGUCGGUCAGAUUGAAAAAAAAAAAACCUAAAAAAAAAAAUAACAAGAAGUCUCGGAAUAGUAGGCCCUGGCACCCCAGGACGACAUUAAAAGUUAACAUUCACACAUUUGGAUUAACAAAAUGUACAAUAUACUGUGAAAACUGUUCAUGUUUUUGUUCCUGUUUUUCUCUAUGCUGUUUCUAUGCUCAUUUUUGAGAUUAAAAGAAUUAUUUCAAGUGAAAAAUGGUGUAACUACGUCGGUACUUAACCUAUCAAGGCCCAGGGGGGGAGCGAAAAAAUAAACUCUGGUCUUAUGUUCAAACCCCCUGGAUGUUAGGCCAACCCCUUUUUUUUUUGCGUUUACCGUCGAAUGCGUUUCCCAAUUUUGGGUCAGCGGGUCAGAUUAAAAAAAAAAAAACCUAAAAAAAAAAAUAACAAGAAGUCUCGGAAUAGUAGGCCCUGGCACCCCAGGACGACAUUAAAAGUUAACAUUCACACAUGUGGAUUAACAAAAUGUACAGUAUACUGUGAAAACUGUUCAUGUUUUUGUUCCUGUUUUUCUCUAUGCUGUUACUAUGCUCAUUUUUUAGAUUAAAAGAAUUAUGUCAAGUGAAAAAUGGUGUAACUACGUCGGUACUUUUUUUUUUUUGAAAAUGCCAAAAAUGUGGGUCGGUUGGACGACGGUAAACGGAGAAAAAAAAGAGGAUGACCUUAUCUUUUUGCCUAGUUAGCUCAGUUGGGAGAGCGCCGGUCUGCUGAGCAGGAGGUCGCAGGUUCAAAGCCCGGCCGGACCAACACUCAGGGUCUUAAAAUAACUGAGAAGAAAGUGCUGCCUUUGUAAUGACAUCUGCAAAUGGUUAGACUUUCUAGUCUUCUCGGAUAAGGGCAGAAAACGGUUGGUCCUGUCUCACAGCACUGUCACUGAUUUGUUCUUGUGGGACGUAAAAGAACCCACAUCACUAUUCUAAAAGAGUAGAGGUCGUAGACCCCGGUGGUGUGGCCAACCUUAACAGGCUGUGGGAUUGGGUAGGGAUGGCACCUCGCAUGGGACCUGAGUCCUGUUCGUACACAUUCCCUCUUGCCAUGUCUGUGUCCAGAAAAGCUGGUAAAUAAAUAAAAAUAAAUUAUAUCAUAGUAUAUCCCUUACAAGUAGCUAGGUCCUCAUCAUCAAUAAUAUUUUACUGAAUAUUUUACUGGUUAUGAUUAGUUCUCAAAAUAAUUAAAGAGGUUAUUUUGACUGCAUAGUUUUCUUUCACCAGGUCCCAGCAUUUGAGACCAAAGAUGGAAAGUGCAUUUAUGAAAGCAAUGCCAUUGCUUACUAUGGUAUGUUAACAUGUUUGAUCGUAAAGUUGCAUCUUUCUUAUCUUGUGAACAGACUUUUUAUUUGGGGCUUGAAGCAAAUGAAAGCUCUUCUUUAUCACCUUUGGGAGAGAUAGAAGGCACUGGAGUCUGUGAUUAUUCCUUUGAUGCUGCUAAUUCACAUGAUGCUGGAAAUUAGUGUCAUAGCCUGUUAAACAGAUCACUAGUUAAUGGUUGAUUUUUAGUGUGAUUGGACUAACAGCACGUAUUUUCUCAAAAACUUAAAAAAAAACCACUGGUUUACGUGAGAAGUGAUGUUUGAGGAAUGACCACAGAAAUUCCUUGCUUCUGGUGGGAUGAAGCUUAUUUUCAACCAAUCAGAAGCACUUCCCAGAUGUGGUUAUGAUGCGUCAUCAGUGUGAAAUUUCUGCGUUUGUUCCUCCCAUGUCAUUUUGUAGGAAAACCAGUGGUGGCUUUGCAAAAUAUCAGCUGUUUUCUCUCACUAAAGAAAUCCUAGUUUUUGCACCAUAAAAAUAAUUGUUUACUGGGCACCCUGAGUAUCAUGUGUACAGAACUAAGUUUGGGCUCCAUACAAUUUUUCUUAAUUAAACCACUACCUUGAGUGUUUUCUUCAUACAAAGAAUUAGGAUAGUACAUUACACAGCUUACUUCUUCUUAAUUCAUUUUAGUGUCUAAUGAUGAACUGCGUGGGAAGGCUCCUCUGGAAAUGGCGGAGAUCCAGCAGUAUGUGAACUUUGCUGAUCAAGAACUCUUGCCUGCAGUGGCUACCUGGGUGUUUCCUACUUUGGGUUUGAUGCAAUACAACAAGCAGGUGUGCAAUAUUCUAUUCAAGUUAUUUAAAUUUGGCUAUGAUGAUCAUUUUUUAGGGUUUUUUCACACUCUGGGUUUCUGUUACACUAAAUAGAGGCAUUGACUUGUAAGAGUGCUAUGCUGUUGUUUUCUGAGGCCUUCUUGGUUCUAAUUUGACAACACUACAUGUACGUUAAAAUAGUUCUGACUUGAAGCUGUCUUCGAUUUUUCAAAGUCGUGAUUUUAGAAACCAAUUUCCAUUUCUCUUAGAGGUUUGAAAGUUGGGUUUGUUUCUUGCUAUUUUGAAGACAAAGUGUUUUAUAAAACUAAAUGUUUUCAAAUAAUUUUGCAGUCCACUGACAAAGCCAUGGAGGAUGUUAAGAAGUGCUUGACAGUCCUGAACAAUGUUUUACUGACCAAGACUUUUCUUGUUGGUGAGCGAGUAUCUCUUGCUGACAUCUCAGUUGGCUGCAACCUUCUCAUGUUGUACAAGCAGGUUUGUGACAUUAGUGAUACAUGUAUAUGCUGUAACCCUCAACAUUAUCAGGAUAUUAUCUGCAUUGAUUUGUAUACCUUCUUGAAAAUUGUAGUGGAAGCUCUCUUAUGGACAUUCUCUUAAACAGACAGUUCUUCUUAAUAUUGCUGCCCUUGACAAAAGAAAUUUUUAUAAGUUGUUGGAUGUCACCAUGCCCCACUUACCUUUUAGCCAAAACAGUAAUUUUUCCAAGGAAAUUGUGGGAAUUGCUAGCUAUCAUGGCCAGUUAACUUGGACUUGACAUUAUUACAUUACAUUAUUAUAUUAUUACAUUAUCACUUCGUAGUGAAUUACCCGGUUCUGUCUGAGGUCUUCGGAUUCACCGAAGUCAACACAAGCUAUACCAUAACUGUCAGGGACUCAACAGACAAUAGUAGUAAUAAUAACUGAACAAAAGAGUUAGUCAUCAGAUAAGUGUUAUAAAAAGCAGAGUUAUUUUUCCAUAUUUAUGGACAGUGACAAAGUCAAGGUCAAUAAAAGUGCCAAAAAGGAAUGAGCCAAUAUUAUCCAGCCAUCUUGACCAAAAAAGCUUGGUCAGUAAAGGAUUUAUUUUCUUGAGGGACCAACACUUGAAAUCUCAAGCAUCUUGCCUGCUCACGGAUUCAGACAUGUAAUGAAUGAGUUAUUACAUCUUGUUUUAAUUGUCAGGUGAUGGACCCCACCUUCAGAGCUCCAUUUGCUAAUGUGAACAGAUGGUUCCUUACCAUCGUAAAUCAGCCACAGUUUAAAAAGAUCCUGGGAGAGGUGAAGCUUUGCCAAACUAUGGCUAAAUUUGAUGGUGAGUCUUAGUUAUCUUAUUAAUCUUUACUGUCAAACUCAGAAAACCGUGAACACCUGAAAAAUUUCGGGAAUGUUGGUUGUGUACUGGCCAAUUACAAGAAAAUUCAGGGUAUGCAAGCAAAGCUCAAAACCACCAACUAAUUACUGUUGCUGUUUGCGGUUUAGUUAUCUCACGCCUUAUUGGCUUUUUUUCACGCAACACAAUAGCAUUCCGUAAAUAUUUCUGGUGUUCACAGUUUUGUAAGUUUUGCAGUAAUUACACCCAAAAGUGUCACCACCCAAGAGCAGCAUGCAAGAGAAUUCUCAAUGGCAUUUGGUUCAAUACUUGAGACAGCAACGUUUUUGUAUUAAGUUUCGGCAGUGCAAAUAGAGGCAUACUGUGAAAUAGUUUUUGCGAUUAAUUAUGAAAUCUAAAAUAUGUUAUAUAAUUAUUUCCUCAGUAAAGAAAUAUGCUGAGUUGCAUCCUAAGAAGGAGGAGAAAAAGGAAAAGAAAGUUAAAGAGGAAAAAAAACCAAAACAAGAAAAACUCAAACAGGAAAAACCAAAGAAACAAGAAAAGAAAAAGGAAGAACCAGAAGAGGAAGACGAUGCUCCACCACCGCCAAAGUUUGUAGACCCUUAUGCUGGUCUGCCAAAGAGGUACAGUUGACUUGUUCAAAUUGACUACUACGGGUGCUCUCCAAAAGUCAGAACUGGCCAGCGAGACCAUAGCCUACACCGCAGAUGAAACUAAACUCUGGUUAAGUUCAACAAGUUAAACAACUCUAAAAUCCUUCCCGUAGGUUCCCACCUGUCCUGUGUCCCAGGAUUUGAGUACGUGCCAUGAUUGGCCUGCUCAAAAAGGCUUUGUUGAUUUUCACAUCAAGAUGAAAGGAAAUUCAAAACGCAUUUCCGGUAAUUCGUUGUGUCUGUUGGGGGCCUAGAACAAAGAUAUGGGCACUGCUUUGCAGACAUUACGUUUUCAAUAGAAGUAGUGGGGAGAAUUUGUUGAAGUAUCAAUUAGAUCCAUCUUGUGUGAUCAUGUCCGUAAUUCUCAUGACCACUCUGUUUAAUAAAGCAAUGAUAUUACAAGGAGAAAUUUGACGCUGAUCACUCUUAGGGCUUAAAGGGUUAAGGUGAAUGACUGUAAUACUAGCAAUGUUAAUUAGGCAUGUUGUAGUUCAUAUGAACAUCACCAAAAAUUGCAGUUGUGAUUUACUACAUAAGAAUUGUUUAUAGUUUCUCCUGGGACAGCUUGUAAUACCCAGGGCCCAGUUGUUCGAAGGCCAAUUAGCACUAACCCAGGGUUAAAUUUAACCCAGGUUUCUUUUGUUCAAAAGCAUUUCCCAGAUAAUCAAAUAAUAUUUUUCCCAGAUAAUCCAGUCAUCAAAUUGUAGACAAAAUGAAUAAAACUGAAUUUGCUUUUUAAACUUUCAUUCACCACUUGCACAUCUCCCAUAAUGCACCUAAUUUGCCCCCCCAAAAUUUUGCAUAAGCAUUGUUUUCAAUUUCUCUUGGGACAGCUGUAAUACCUAGGAGAGUUGAAUAAGUAUGUGUAAUCAAAUGGUGACAAGUGAAAUUAGGGAAUAAUUUUACGCACGUUUUGUCCAAAUUAUUAGGAUUUGGACGAAACGCAAGUGAAACUAUUCCCUAAUUUCACGAGUAUACCAUUUGAUUACCUAUUAAUAUCAUGGGUGACGAAUUACGUUAGCAAUCUUGGAUUUUUGACAUGUUUAUCCUGGAUCGUAUCAAUUGAGAACUCCUGCACUCUCUCGAACGUUUAGCGCUUAAAUUUGGCUUAAGUUCAGAGUUUUUUUUGACAAAAUACCUGUUAGAAUCCUUCUUGAUGUGCUCUUUCAUGUGUUCAGGUUUUCUAAAGCAUCUUUUUGUGCCCUGACAUCUUCAUUCAUGACAUUUUAAAACUUCAUCGCCAUCUUGACACUGAGACAUACGGAAGGUUGCCAUGGCAAUUUUGUAAUUUCACAUGGAAAAUUACAAUUAACGUUGAAAUUUCGCGCCAAAAUUAAGGAGUAUUUCGUCACCUAUGAUAUUACAAAGGUUAUGCAAAAUUUUGGGGGGCAAAUAAGGUGCAUUAUGGGAGAUCUGCAAGUGGUGAAUUUUCUGAAUUCACUUUUGCACCUACAUGGGGUUAUCUUAACCCAGCUUUGACAACUUGGCCCUGGAAAUAAUAUUGUUAUGCACAAUUUUGGAGGAUAAACAAGGUGUGUUAGUGUAUUAUGGCAAUGUGAACAUGGUGAAUUAGCGCCAGAAAUUUUGUGACAAUCUUUACCUUCUUAGCUCUUUCGAUAUGGAUGCCUUCAAGCGAAAGUACUCGAAUAACGACACGGAUGUGUCUGUUCCUUACUUCUGGGAGCAGUUUAACAAAGAAGACUAUUCCAUUUGGUUCGCUGAGUACAUGUACAAAGACGAGCUAUCACACAUCUUUAAGGCCUGUAACUUAGUGGGUGGAAUGUUUCAGCGACUGGAGAAACUAAAAAAGACGGCUUUUGCUAGUGUGUGCAUAUUUGGAAAAGACAAAGCAGAGUCAAUCUCUGGUAUAUGGAUAUUCCGUGGACAGGAGCUGGCCUUCAAUGUAAGUGUUCUUUGUAAUUCAGGGUCAACAGGUAGCUGCUGCUUGCAAAGAGAGACAUGUACUAUUGGUUUGCAAAGCUGGUAGAAUCGUUAGUUAGUGCGAGCGCCUGGCAGGGGAGCUGCGAAGCUGCCAUGCUCGUUUCUCUCGUCUUUGCCGCCAAAACUCUCAGACCAUGUACUAUAGCCUCCACCCAACAGAAAGAGAGUAUGGGAUGAUAAAAUUUUUUGGACGGGGUGCUAUUACGUAUCUGCCCCUCCCAUGCCUCUCUCUUGUUUAACCUGAAUGUUUAAACCAAAUUACUGGGAAAACCCGAGUUUGAUCGCAACUUUGGCUUUACCUCAUAGUUGGCAAUAAUCUACAGUUAUGUGUGGAAGCUGUGUCCCCUGGUGGCUGAAUGGUCAGAGCACUGGGCAUCCGCCCUGUGCGUUUGGUGGAUGUGUUUCUAGUAGUCCUAGGGUGCAAAGAAAGUCAGUUUCACAGCUUGGCAUUCGGCCAAGCUGUAGCUAGCAUGUACUAGCCCACAAGUCAUUUCAACUAGCCCCAAAACCCUUUUUGAUCAGGUUUGGUUGCAGUCCUUCUGUAAUUUCAAUUUCCCCCAAAAAAACCACUUGCCCAUCAGGCAAGUUUAUAAGAACAAAAAUCACUAUCCCGAUAGCAAAAUCAGCUAGCCCCGGGCAAUCAGACACGACUUUCUUUGCACGCUGAGUCCUAAGUUUCGCCCUUACAUCAAAUUUGAUUGACAUCAACUAUCUAGAUUCGUUGAAUGAAUCACUUCAUGUUACAGAGGGGUUUCGCUUUGGCAGGGCAGAACUACACGUUAAAGUUUAAGGAAAAAAAAGCAUGAAACUUGAUGGAAAAUUUUGCUUAGCAAAGACGAAAAAACCAGAAUGGUUACUAUACAAUGAAGUCACAGAAAGAUGUCAACCGCUUUUGUGAAGAAUAUCUGCAAGGAAUCGUUGAUAUCCUUAAACUGCAAAAGAACAGUUGAUUGUUUUGCAGAUUUGCGUUCUUCUUCUUUAAAUGAUAUCCUCUUCUAUCUAUACUCUCCAUGUCAUACUCAGCUUCGUAUCAUUGCUUACAAUUACCAUUACAGUUUUAGUAUGUAGGUAUUAGGCCAGAAGUGAGAGUGAUUUUACUUAACCCCUGAAAUAGAUAGCACACUACUAUGCAGUAUCAGACUGUUAUUUCACUUUUUCCUUUUGUUUACUUGUAACUGUUGGGCACUGUUUCACGAGUUAAGUAAAAUCACUCUACGCUACAACAGAGCCUCGAUGAUUAUUACAACAUAGAGUAGUGGACUGAAUCGUUGUGUGGAAACCAUUUAUUACUAUAAUGAGGGGCUCUGUUUGUGUUGUUAAGAUUUUCUCUGCCAUGGGCCUGCUGCAAUGUACUGUGACUUAUGUCACGGACCAUUAAGAGUUGUUGCCAUUGUUAUGUUUUCAACCGUUUUCUGUCUUUUUGCUGCUCAUUCAGUCACACUUUGAUGCUUAUUUAAAUAACUGUUUUUGCAGCUUUGUGAGGACUGGAACAUCGAUGCCCCCUCGUACAAGUUCACAAAGCUGGACGUAGAUAAUCCCGAAGACAAGAAAAAGAUUUCGGACUACCUGAAGCAAGAUGAAGGAGAUUUGAUGAACCAUGGCUAUAACCAGGGAAAGAUCUUUAAAUAG